GGGAUAACUAUGACGUCUGUGCCAUCUGCCUGGAUGAGUAUGAGGAUGGAGACAAACUCAGAGUCCUGCCCUGCUCUCAUGCCUACCACAGUAAGUGCGUGGACCCCUGGCUGACCAAGACCAAGAAGACGUGUCCCGUAUGCAAACAGAAGGUGGUCCCUUCACAGGGCGACUCUGACUCGGACUCAGAGGAGGGCGACAGCGGCCCAGACGAGAACGAGGCCUCUGAGAGCACGCCCCUGCUGCGCUCCCAGGCCUCCACCAGCGCCCACUCCUUCGGCACCAUGUCGGGAGCGUCGCGCUCGGAGCAGGACCAGGACUCCUCCGAGUACGACGACGACGGGCUGGACAGCAGCGACAGCGAGGAGGAGGUUACCGUGGGGACUGUGGUGGUGCAGAUGCAGCAGCCGUGCUCCGAUGAGCGAGAUUUGCUAGCCUGAGUGGCAAACUCAGCUGCCCACCCCGACAUCUGCAGACUUUAAGGAGGGGGCUUACAGAUCUAUCAUAUGUUCUUGUCACUGCGUACGUCGUACUGCUAUCCUCUGUAGGAGUUCCAAUGUUUUUAAUCAAUGGCGAGUUGGAUGAGCUGCCCUGCCAAGAGGAAAGGACCCGAGUACAGUAGACUGUAUUUAUUCAUGGAGACCAGAGGGUCCACCUGCUCCCAUCAUGCCUGACAGAGCUGCAUAUUGUCUGUAUAUAUCAAGUAUAAAUCACCAUAACUUUCAUAUUAACCUUUGAUUAUCUUCAGUCCCAUGUGUGUAAUAUACACACAGAUAUACUGUAUAUAAAUCCACCUUAUAUUCACCGGAACUGAACCAAUAUGCAGCACCUGCAUUUCAGCUCACUAUGGAAGCAAAUAGUUACCAUAUUUC